AUGGAAACACAGAGAAAGAAGCUUACAAAGGGAAGCGUAAACUCAAACUCGCUUCCGGUUGAUCUGAUGAUGGAGAUACUCAAACGAUUGCCACUUAAACUCAUAGUCAAGUUCCUCUGCGUGUCUAAACUCUGGGCUUCCAUGUUCCGUAGUCCAUAUUUCAUGAAGCUGUUCCUGAAGGAGUCGUUGACUAGACCGAAAAGUCUCAUCUUCGUAUUCAGAAAAAAGUAUAAGUGUCCUUCAUCCUUCACAUCCGUUUACCUCAAAAAUACAAUCGAAGCAUCUUCUUCUUCUUCUUCUUCUUCUUGUUCAGUCACUUACCAUGUGAUUUGCCACACCCGACAGCGCUCGAUAAUCACUCCUUGUGUCCAUGGUUUGAUUUGCUAUGGACCAGCCUCUAGAAUCGUGAUAUACAACCCUUGCACUAGACGAUCCGUUACCUUGCCUGCGAUCAAUGCAGCAGGGAAGAGACCCAUAGACAAGUACUUGGGUUUUGAUCCCAUUGACAGUGACUACAAAGUGUUGUGCAUCGUGAGAUCAGAAACGGAUAAGAAGAGAAGCAGACGCGGUUUAGCUGAAGAGAUAUGGGUUUUGACAUUGGGAACUCGGAAUUCAUGGAGGAGGAUGAUUGAGCAAGACGUUAUUCCUCCUCACUCUCCUGUAAGAGAGCAACUAUGCAUCAACGGUGUUUUGUAUUACCGAGCUUUCACUGGCGCAAAACUAAACGAUUCUGCAAUCAUGAGUUUUGAUGUUAGGUCAGAAAAACUUGAUCUUAUCAAAGGACCUUGCACCUUUCCCGAGUUCUCAAAGUUGACAAGCUACGAGGGAAAACUAGCUGUACGAGGGCAUCUUCGCAACUUUCAGAGGUUUAGCGCCACUGACGCUGACACGGGUGAGAUUAUCUUUACACAAACAUGGCAGCAUGCAUCACUACCUAGUGCCGUCUAUUAUGAUCUGAAGAAUAACAGUGUGAGAAAUUUUGAAAUACAAGGAACCAAAAAGGAGAAUAUGUCUCUUCAUGCGGACUCUGCCUCCUAUAGUCAGGUUGAUAAUAUGCCUUUUCAUGAAGACUCUGUCUCCUCUAGUCUGGUUGACAAUCUCAUGUUUCUAUAA